AUGAAGAUGCUUCGUGGGGGCGCAUGUGAACUCGAUCCCGAACAGCUGAUGGAAAAGGCCAAUGAGGCGAUAGAGCAUGCGAAGUGGGAAAGAUGGGAUGAGAUGUUCGAGAUCUUCGACGUCUAUCCAGGUGGAAAAGAUGCCAGCAAUGAUGCCAUCCAUCAAGUGGUCUUCGCAGGACACGUGGAGACCCUGAAGCGGAUGGUCGACAGUGGAGCGAAUCCAGGUCUUCUCACACGAGACAAGGAGACGCCUUUACAAGUGGCGGAGCAGUUGGGACAAGCGGAGGUCGCCGAAUACCUCAACACUUUGGAGGUGAGCGCCGAGGCUGCUGCCUUGUUGCAACAGGCGCAUCAGGUCAUCGAUGCUGCUAAGGAGGGUAAGUGGGCCUUGGGCUCAGCCGACCAAGAUGCCACCUUCGAGUUGUUGAAAGGCUUCAAAAACCCACAGCAGGUCGUGAACACGCGGCCGUCAGUGCGCCAAUACGGCGUGCUGCACCAGGCAGCAUUCCACGGAGACAUCGAGGUGCUUCGACAGCUGCUUGAAGACUACAAGGCUAAUGUGAAGCUCCUGACCAAGGAUGGCAAGACAGCUUUGCAAAUCGCCGAAAGUGCGGGACAAGAGGCUGCCAUCAAAUAUCUCGAGGCCUGUGUCCCCAGCAUUCAGUUGGAGGAUGAUUUCGUGAAGUACCCAGACCAGGUCGCGCACCGCAGUUCAGUCAAGGGCUUGGAGUUUGCCAAGGAGAUUGCCAUUUUUUUGCCAAAAAAGCGCAUGGGAAGACUUGCAGGCACUACAGUGGCAGAGAAGUACAAACUUGAACCGAGUGAUACCUUUAAUGACCUGCUCGAGCUGGGCAAGCAAUGCGUCAACAAUCCGCGGGAUGUGCUGAGGCUUCACUUGUUGUCUCCCUCUGGAGAGCAGCUGAAGCAGGGCCGAAAGGUCGCAGCUGCGAAGAUCAAAAACGGCGAUACCUUGACCUUCGUCAUCAUCUCCCGCGAUCCCCGGGCAGAAGACUGGAUCGCACGAGUGCAGUCAGAUCCAAGUGUGCUGAAAUGCGCUCCGGAAUAUGCUCGCUCUGAUCCUGUGGUGGUGAUGGAGGCAGUGAAGCACUCCGGCAGCACCUUGGGCUACGCCGUGCCGGAGCUUCGUGGAGACAAAGAGUUGGUCUCCAUGGCGGUGUCCAAGGAUGGCAAGUCCCUGCAAUAUGCCUCAGCCGAGCUGCGAGACGACAAGGAGGUGGCCUUGAAAGCGGUGUUGCAACAUGGCCGUGCCCUGGAGUUUGCUUCGGAGCGACUUCGUGGGGAUUUCGAAAUCGUACAUUGUGCCUGCACGAACGAAGGGAACUCCUUGGAAUUUGCGACACCGGAGUGGCAACGAGAUGAAAAGAUGGUUCUGCUGGCAGUCCAAAGGCUGUACCAACAGACUGGUGAUCUUCGGAAGUCGCAGCGGAAUUUGCCGAUCCAAUUUGCUGCAGAGGAACUGCGUUCCAACAGUGAUUUCAUGUGGCAGGCUAUCCAACUGGACCCUCGAUGUAUAAACCAUGCCUCGGAGGAUAUCCGCGGCCUUUUGAAGGAAAAGAUGAAGAAACAUCUCAAGUUUGAAGCAACGCAGACAGGAGCAGAAUACUUUACACGAUUCCACGGCCAAGAUCAGUGGCCUAGAGCAACUGCUGUGGCUGUGCUUCCAGCAAAUCCAAUGGAUGACAGCGUUCAGUGCGAUGUACUGCGACCAGCCUGCAACAUCUCAUGA